AUGGCAGACAUUAUAACACCCAGCGACCUGAGCAGUGACGAUGUAGAUGUCAUUGACAUUCCAUGGGGCAAGCCAAGCAGCUAUUUUUCCAACCUGAACGCCUCUGUUUCGGAACUUUCGCAAUUUCCCAGGGCCCAGAUCGCCUCUCCGACCGAAAAAGUUUCUCUAAGAUUGCUUAUCAUUCCAUGUGAUCAUCCUCCAACAUCCUUCGCUGAGCUCCUUUCUGUAAGGAGCUUGCGGCUCGCAGGAGCAAGCACCUUACGGGAUAAACACUACCUUCAGGUGCAACGAAAUACAAGUGGGAGUGCCUGUCACUUGCAAGCGCCCGCCAGGUUUCUGCUCCAAACUCCCGUCGACGAUGAUACGUUCUUUUCUCUCGCCAUCAAAAGUAAUGAAAGCAAAUUCAGUAGAUUCAAUGGCUGCUUCUUUUGCUCGGGGGUUGAGAUUCCCAGAUUCUCCACGGCUCUAAAGGGAGAAGUAAUACCGCUUGACUGGAAAGACUCAGACAUGCCGUUGGCUAUCAUCCCGUUAAUAAUUUUGAAGCAUCAUGUUCUAAUGACUACUUCUAAACUCGAAAGCUUGAUGAAGGAAGUAGGAGCUAUCGAGAGCAGGAUGUCAGGUGCAGAUCGGUUAACUCUGGACUUCGAUGAUAUUAUCCUCAAAUUGCACUUGUGUAACAAGAACCUGGUCGAUCUAGAGAGAAGAUGGCGCUUUGAAAGUCACCUGGCAGACACAAUCCGUGACUUUAUCAAAGUGACCCUACUCAGCAGAAACUGGGAAAUCAUAACAACAAACUCCGAAAAGCUGAAGAACGACUUGGCCAUGCAAAGUCGACUUGACGCUUCCGAAUAUGAUCUCAACGUCCUACCUAGACGGAUUACGAAUCAAUUCACCACAAUCUUCAACCUCAUCGCUCAACGAGACACGAAGGCAACGAUCGAGUUGGCGACGAGCUCUCAGAAACUUGCCGAAGCAGCACUCAGAGAUAGUUCUUCCAUGAAGACAAUAGCCGCUAUGACGCUAAUCUUCCUUCCUGGCACCUUCGUUUGCUCGUUUUUCAGUAUGACUUUCUUCGAUUGGCGAGCUAGUCCUGAGACCAGUGUUGUUACUUCCUUGUGGGUCUACUUCGCAGUAGCUGUCCCAUUCACAAUUGUGGUGGUACUGUGCUGGAUCGCUUGGACGUGGAAAAGUAGACAGGAGGUUGGGAGGGGAGAGAAGGAGAGGGCCACCAUUCUUCCAUUGUUUCGGAAGAAGGCUCUGAAGACUGUUUGA